AAGACCAUGUGGCUGCCCCCAGCUCUGCUCCUUCUCUGCCUCCCAGGUUGUCUUCCUCUGACGGGCCCCGGCUCUGUGAAUGGUACUGAAGGGGGCUCUGUGAGCGUGCAGUGUCGUUAUGAGAAGGUGUACAGAGGCUACAACAAAUACUGGUGCCGAGGAAAAUUUGAAAAAUCAUGUAAAAGCAUUGUUCAGACUAAAGGCAAAGAGAAAGAAGAGAGGAACGGCCAAGUGACCAUCAAAGACAAUGCUGAAAACCUCACCGUCACAGUGACCAUGGAGAACCUCAAUGCAGAUGACGCUGGGUCUUACUGGUGCAGAAUUCAGACAAUUUGGAUUUGGGAUGUAUUGUCAUAUGACCCCUCAGUUCAGGUUCAUGUGUUUGUUUCUCCAGUGGUGACCUCACCAGUGAGGACGACCCAGUCAGCCACACCAUCCACCAUCCUAAUGGAGACUGUUGGACAGAACUAUAGUGCAGAGGGGAUAUUGACCCGCCACCCACAGUUCCUGCUCAGCAGUGUCCACUUCCUGCUCCUGGCCUUCCUGAAGGUGCCCCUGUUCCUGAGCAUGCUCAGUGCUGUCCUCUGGGUGAACAGGACUCAGAGGAUCCCUGAAAGACAAGAGUCAGCAUGA